GAUCUGCGACUUGUGGGCGCGGAGGCCGACCCUGAAACAGGCCUGAUUGUCUAAGGACGCCAUCAAUAAAUCCUCGUUUCUUGAGUUGGGAUGACAUGUCAAUGGGACACCCUGCAACUCUGGGAGCAAAGGUGUAGAACGUUGACAUCCACCAUCUGAGCAGCUUGAACGCAUGAUCGAUCCUGAUCCGAUCGUCACGUCACCGUUGUCUCGUCACUGCACACAAGUUCACACGCCAAAUUUCCCCCGCCCCCAAGCCUCAGGCACAAUCCAUCUCCAAAGUGAACCAGGCUGAUCUGCUCGGACCACGUACACCUAUCCGCAAACCCCUCAAAUACAGCUUUGAGCAGGAUACUGAGGACAUCGCUUCACAUUCGUCUGCUUCUUAACUUGCGAUCCUACAGAAGCCAUCAAGUUCAUGACCAUUUCGCCAUAUGUCCCUUUCUUCCAGCCGCUCGAAACCGCUGCCCAACCGGAGCGUCAACAGUCUCAGAAAUGGAGGAAGAGCCUCCAGAGACUCCUCCAGGGUCCGUCGGAAAUCUAUCACUACGAACGAUGCCUACCUUUACGCUCUACGAGUGGCCUACCUGUCGUACUUGCUGCAGCCCCGUAAAACCAGGAAGAAACAUGUCGAGACCAGGCCUGCGGUCAACCGCACGAGCACUUCCCAUUCCUUCAAUGACCUUAUGAAAGAUUUUACCAUGGUCCGAGAUGCAAAGAGCGCAAGGUUUCCCCAUGACUUCAUUAAAGAGCUGGAAAAGAGGCUGCAAGGCAUUCUUGUGGGGAGAGAGAAGCGGCAGGAAUACCAUGACCCUGUGGUCAAAAGGGUCUUUGCUAUAUUCCUCAAUACUCUGUCCGAUCCGGCUUUCAAGAAGCGCAUGGAGGCGGAUCGAAGGGCUGAAGAUCUGGUGCUCAUCUUCUUCUCCACAGCCACCAAGGAAUUACAGAAGGGUCAUCCUGCGGGCGACGAUGCUAUCAAGCGCAUGGUUGAUCGCCACGUCGCCCUUUUCGUUCGCCUUCUUUCUUUGAUUCUCAGGGAUCGUGACUGGGCCAAGGACAAACCCGACUUGGCCGCUCGGUUGCAGACUCUCGAGUCCAAGUUGCUGAAGGGUGAUGACAAUCUAGCCACAUCGCAAGCAAAUGGAGAAUGGACGACCAUCGAGGAGGUGGUACCUCUCACCUAUGAGGUCAAGGACAUGCCUCUGGUUCAGGUCGUGGGGCGCAUCUUUGGCCUGACCAAUACCAUGAUGCAGUCAGACAUCACGAAGAACAAGCCGGUCUGGACAGAAAAGGCAGCCCUUCAAGAUCUGAAGACGUACCAGCAACACCUCACCCUGGGGACGAAGUUGACCUUGAAUUCCAACGACUUCGAUACCCAAGAAGCAUACGAGAGCUGGAAGAGAAGCGAAGGCCCUGACCUUUCCCAGCUGAUGCUAGCCAUCAUCCAGGCAAAUCCCGAGUUGGCUAAAAGCACUCCGGGCGGCGCUUUGCCUCAGUUCAAUCCCCAGAAUGAGCCUUCCAGUCCCUCAGAUUCUCAUUAUGCCGAACUCUCCCGAGCCAUCUCGCAAUCUGGAGACUCUUCUUCCUACGUCUUAGAUCUGCCGGCGGAUCUAAGCUCGCUUCAACUGGAUUCGGGGGAUUCCUCCCACUAUGACGACAAUGCCGCGCAAGUCUAUACCUUUAUACCUCCCGAUACCAGAGCCAUGUUUCGAUUUGUUAUGCUUCAAGCCCUUAAUCAUGACCUUAACGAUAAGAUGAAUGGCAGUGCCAGCGGUCCAGAAGGUGGCCGCCUGUUCUCCAAAGAGACUACAGAGCUAUUGAAUGAAAUUGCUUUGAGAUGGCGGAUACCCAAAUUCACUCGCAUUGUCCUCUUUCUGGAUGUCGUCCGCGAGAAAUUUAUUGAGAACCAGCUCAGUCUGGAAAUGCUCGAUGCUGCCUUCAACUACGUCAAGGAGCCACUUCAGGAUGACCAUAAGAACAAGAGGAGUUCUUUGAUCAUGAGUUCAACCUUGUAUGAUCGAAACAAUUGGACCGUUGCCGAUUUUGCCUUGAUGGGCAGGUUACUCAACACCAUCUAUGAGACGUUACUUCGAGAUCUGUACGAAGUGAUCAUGACAUCCUAUGCCGACAAGGCGCAAUUACCGAGGUUGGGGGUCAUCAUGGCAGUCAUAGAUGAGCAUAUCCGAAGCGACCCGAACUUCAAUCAGAACCCUGAGGAUUUUGAAAACUUCAAGAAUGCUGCCAUUGACGGGUUAGCAACCGAGGCGCGGAAGAUAUACGACUCUCUUUUGGAUCGCGAGCUUCCUCAAGAAAAUGAAAAGUGGGAAUUUUAUCACAUCCAACAAUUGGCAAAGGCUGUGUUGAAGCUGGCAGAAAAGGUGCAGAAGAGAUUCAGAAAGAAUCCAGAAAUCCUCGGUAUCAAUCCACUGAUGAUCUUGAUCAACUGUACUCUUCCAGCGUUUGCGGAGGACUCAAAGGCAAUGGUAGAGCAAAUCCUCAAUGUUGCUCAAAGAGACGGAUUUGAGGUCACAAUCCAGGAUGGGUUUGAUUUGUACAAGGAGUUGAGCGAGUUCCGUCGUGUUCACGCUGACGCCUUACCGCAUCUCCCCUUUCCCUACAAAAUCGAAGAUUUACUGGCUGAUUUCGUCUGGCGAUGGAUCAAGACCACUGAGACCCAAGUCAUUGGAUGGGUCGAGAAUGCAGUCAAACAGGAUCAGUUCAAGGUCAGGACGCAAGUGCCGAACCAGACUCCCACUGAGGACGAACGCCACUCGACUUCCGUUCUCGAUAUUUUCAGCUCGUUCAACCAAGUCGUCAACCAAGUCAGCGAACUCAAUUGGGACGACGAUUUCAGUUACGCAAAGUUUAUGACGGCGCUUUCGAAGGCCAUCGGCCAGGGUGUUUCGAGGUAUUGUGAAUUGCUCGAUCAGAUGUUCAGUAAAGAGAUGGACAGAUUGACUCCUGAGCAAGAAGCUGCUGCAAAUAUGACGAGACAGGAGAAAUGGGUCCAACUGGCCAAAGACACCUGGAACCAGAAAGAAAGGGUUGAGCCUUUUAACUUCUACCCGGAGUCGUUCGUCAAACUCAACGACAUCUUGUUCGCCAUUCAACAGUGGGACAAGCUGGAGACGGAGGUCAAUGUGGAUGCAUGUGCCGAAGUCAUCAAAAAGUAUGCUCCGCCACUAGCGCAACGGCCCAAAAAGACAUCGAAUUAUGUUUUCACCAUUAAGAUUGUGGAGGCCGAAGAUCUCAAAGCUUGUGAUGUUAGUGGAUUCAGCGACCCUUACGUUGUUUUGACGGACGAAUACCAGAAGAGAUUGUUCAAGAGCAGGAUAGUCUACCGCAAUCUGAAUCCACGAUGGGACGAAUCGGUCGACAUCACUACACAAGGACCUCUCAAUCUCAUUGCCACCAUCUGGGAUUGGGAUGCCAUGGGCGAUCACGACUACGUGGGAAGGACUUCGCUCAAAUUAGAUCCUUCACACUUUAGCGACUUCUUGCCUCGAGAAUACUGGCUGGACCUUGAUACUCAAGGACGAGUCAUGGUCCGCGUCAGCAUGGAAGGAGAGCGAGACGACAUUCAGUUCUACUUCGGCAAGGCUUUCAGAAGUCUUCAACGGGCGCAGCGGGACAUGACCCGAAAGAUCACUGACAAACUUUCGGCGUAUAUCAACCAUUGUCUCUCGCGACGUGCACUCAGGUCUUUACUCAAUCGGGGCAUCUCUAUGGCCAAUGUGUCUGCCAAUGUGUCGUCAUUCUUUGCGCGAAACCGAGCAUCGUUGGCUCCAACCACUACCAUGCCCACGGAUCCUGAGAUUGUCAACGCUUUGAAACCGCUCUUUGACUACUUCGACGACAACUUUGCUAUCAUGCAACAAACCUUGACGUCGGAAGCAAUGAUUGCAGUUAUGACACGCAUUUGGAAAGAAGUCCUCGUCACCGUGGAAGCUCUCCUUGUCCCGCCUCUGUCAGACAAACCUUCCCAACAAAAAGCCCUCACGCAACAAGAACUCGACAUAGUCUUCAAGUGGCUACAAUCUCUCCUUGAAUUCUUUAAUGCCGUCGACGAAGAAACUGGGGAAGCAAACGGCGUGCCUCUCAAUGUACUGAAGAGUCCGAAGUAUCACGAACUACAAAUGCUCAAUUUCUUCUAUUUUGAGCCGACGGAAUCUCUCAUUCGCGAGUCCGAAAGGAUGGCCAGCGCGACGGCUGCAAGUCAACAAAUGCAUCGCUCAAGAUUUUCUGCCCCGGCCAAUCUGAGCAAUCACCUGGGUGCGGGCGGUCUCCUCGACCCCGGCAAUCUUGCGGGAGCGCGCCGAGCUAAGAGCAUUUUGCUCUCCCGCAAUCUCGGCACAAAACGCAAGGCUAAAGAAGAAAAAUGGAAAGCUGCUCAAGCGGAACCGAAUGAUGACAUGAUACUGAGGAUUUUGAGAAUGAGACCUGAGGCAAGUGGGUACUUGAGGGAUCGGAGCAGGCAGAAAGAGAGGCUUGCGGCAGCGGCCGCGGCCGAGAUGAUUGUGAGACAGAGUCUCCUGAGUGGAGGUGGAAGGAUGACAGGACCUUCAGUAAUACGAAGGUAGCCAGCAGAGAGGAGGGCUCAUUUCCUUUGUGCAGGGGACGGUAAGGGAAUGGACGAAGAAUGAGUAAUGAGGCUGACUUGAGAUUGUUUUGUGUCAUGAAAGGCAUGUGGCUGGGUCACAAAGGAUAUGUUUGUCGAUUUGGGUCUCGGUCGGCGCAGUCGCAUUACUUCUGGGUCAGUGACUGGUGUACAGGCGCAUUGGGAGAGGGCCAAGGGGGCAUGGGGGAGUUCAUGACGGAAUCUGGUAAUGCUGACGGCGAGAUGGAAUGCAUGAAGUCAAGUUAAUACCCAGGUUACAGAUCGUAAGUCAAGUGGGCAUCGGCCCUACAGAACAUGUUCAAGGUAUCUGGUUUUCUCAAGACUUCUGGGUUCUGGCAUGUUUAAACUGCCUUUUAUAAUACUGAGCAGCGCCUUUGUCCAUUUUCUGCGUUGGCUUGACGAGGUUGUUUGGGGGCGAGGCAGCCUUGUUCGGAAUGAUUGGUUGGGGCUGGGGCGCAAAUCCAUACACAAUUGUCAAUUGGACUGGAUGUUGCUGCUUAGAGUAUUACUUUGUUCGACCUGCAUGACUCGCAACACUGGGAUGAUUCUCU